AAUAUUUGUAAAGGGUGAAAAUUUAUCGACCGGCCGAACCACAGGGAGGAAACAGACGAGGGAAAACUGCGCAGAGAGCGAGGGAGUUUGCAAGCAGAGAAGAGGAGAAAUUUGGAGAGAGCGACAAUGGGCGGAGGAAUGGAAGCUCACAAGAACAGAUUUAUCGAGGACUGGAGUUCUGCUAGAGAAAAUCUUGAGCAUAACUUCCGCUGGACUCGCCGGAACUUUGCUCUUGUCGGUCUUUUCGGCAUCGCCGUUCCCCUCCUUGUUUACAAGGGCAUCGUCAGGGAAUUUCAUAUGCAAGAUGAGGAUGCAGGCAGACCUUACCGGAAGUUCUUUUGAGCACCGCACCAGGCACUCCAAUAAUUUCUUGCAGUAACAAAACCCUUCUUAUCUAUGUGAACACUAAUCCCUGCCAAUUUGGAUUCUGGGACAAUAUUGCUUCUUUCUUUUAAGUUGUAGAAGUGAUGCUAUGCAAGUUUACACUAUAUUUUAUGACAUUUUGUGAAUGCUGAGUAUUUUUCAUCUAACCAUGAAUAUAUAGACCAUUUUUCUUA